CGUUUGAAGCGGUGAGGUGUGGAUUGUAACAGUUUCACAUUGUCGGCAUUGUCUCAUCUAUUAUCAUGCGUAUCUCCAUCCUGCCUUUCGUGGCGAUGGCCACCAGUUUGGUCGCGGUGAGCGCCCAGUUCCAGGGAGCCGCCCCCGGUAUUGCCCGAAUCCAAAACAUGAUGGCCAGCGCAGUGGGCGAUAUGUCUUCUGUGGCUUCCAGACUCAGAAAUGGCUUUUCGAGGACUUUUGGCAGUAGCAGCCGCCGUUCCAAUUUUCGACCCAACCAAGCCUCCCGCAACUCUCCACCGAUUGACCCAGCGAUUCACACCAACGAGAUCGCCCCCUCCAGACAACUCGACGAAGAUGCCCCCAACGCCCCUGGAUUCGGUGGUCAGGGAGUGAGAAGACCUCCUCCCCGAGGGGGCCCUGCUUUUAGCUUUCGCCGCCUCAUGGACCAGAUGAUGGGAGGUAUGCGCAGCAUGUUACAAGGCUUCAACCGAAGAGGGGGAGGUCCGGGAAGAAGAGUCGCCCAGCAAAAGCAACUCCCCGCAGGUCAACAGUCUCCAGUCGGUCAGCAGCAAUCCUCUCACUUCCAGCACCACUCUUCUGCUCCUCAGGAACAUAAUAUCCAUUAAAUCAGGGAUAAUAUGGUAUGAAAAAUGGCGAACACUUUAUGUGCAAUACAUUUCUAUCAUUUGACUGUUCCCUUGAUCUCGCUAUCUUCAAAAAUGUGAACAAAAUUUGUGUACAUUAAAAAAAAUGUUGUUGGUUCAGAUGAUACGAUAAAUCAUUAUAUUUUUGUAGUGAUUUUAAAGCAAUUUAGGCGAAACAUAAUUAAUCCAUCGUUCAGUAGUAGACUAUUCUACGAGUUUAUUGGAACGGACAAAAAUGUCUCGUCAACGAACUUAAAUUUCCCAAUAUUUUUUAACUUUUAAUUUAGUGGUUUUAGUUGUUUGGGGAUCAAUCGCAAUACUCUUUAAUUGGUUCAUCAAAUGAUAAUGGGAUUUUAUUUGUUGACCAAUGAUCUUUCAAGUUGUGGCUUUUAUUGAAUUUUUUACAUGAUUUUUUUAGGUUCUAGCGCAAAUUCUUAGCUUGAUUUUUUCUCAACUGAGUGAAUACUGACUUCCAGAAAAUUUAUUUUAAAACUCGAGUUGUUACUUCGAGAAUAUCUUCUUCCAUGGCAGCAAUGCCAUUAUAAUUGAUUAUUAUUAAUAAUGCACUUCAUGCUACAAUUUUAUGGUAUAUUCUUUAAUUUAGGUUAACUUAAUUUAGAAUCAAAAUGAUCGGUAACGAGGAUCAAAGUAAAUUCGAAGUUCUUAAGAUAAGCUAACAAAUCUUUCUUAAAAUUAAUUGCUUUAAAUUUUAAAUUAAUUUUUAAAUUUGUUAAUAAUUAAAAUAUUCAAUUGUUUUACAAGAAAAUUCCGGUCUUGGAAAUUCAUUUUAAAGUCAGGCAUUACCGGCGUGUUCAGUAAAUUUAUUGUGAACUGUAAUUAUUAGAUAACCAAAACUUUAUCAUAUUCUCCUGCAGAAACUGAACCAAAUAUUGAAUAACUACGUAGAUAGAAGAGAUAUUUAAUUAUUAUAUGCUUAACGAAUUGUUCAGUUGAUCGUAAGUCAGUACGAAGUUCUGGCAGUAGUCGACUGGAGUACGAUUUUGUUAUUGUUGUUGUUACGAUGAACAAAUUGUUGUAUUUAUUUUUCUUACCAAAUAUAAUUGACGAAAUCA